AGCAGACAAUUUGUGCUGGUAUCUGUUGGCUGUUUACUCCAGUGCAGUAUACAAUAGCAAACAGCACGUCACAGAACGUCAUCACGUUUUUAGCGGAACUCCUUAAAGUGAAACAGAAAGUGAUCAUAUCAGAGACGCCAUUGCGGCGGAUUCUAAAUCUAACAAAUGUCUUCACAUGUCACGGCCUGAAGUCAAGUCUCUUAUCUAGGAAAAAAAAGAGAACCAGAACAGCCUGUAAAGUGUGUGUGCAUGAGGAGAGAGAGCAGGAGAAACCUGCUUUUAAAAUGAGUGCGUAUGAGGAGAGAGAGGAGGAGGCUCCUGUUUACACUCAGAAAGCAGCAUCUCCAGGAUUCAGCUGUGUGUCUGUGAAGAGUAACAACUCCAUGUUUGAGCCCCCUGAACUCAGUGAUGUUGAUACUCAGAGAGCAGCAUCUCCAGGAUUCAGCCGUGUGUCUAUGAAGAGUAACAAAUCCAUGUUUGAGCCCCCUGAACUCAGUGAUGUUGAUCCUCAGAGAGCAACAUCUCCAGGAUUCAGCUGUGUGUCUAUGAAGAGUAACAACUCCAUGUUUGAGCCCCCUGAACUCAGUGAUGUUGAUACUCAGAGAGCAGCAUCUCCAGGAUUCAGCCGUGUGUCUAUGAAGAGUAACAAAUCCAUGUUUGAGCCCCCUGAACUCAGUGAUGUUGACCCUCAUAGAGCAGCAUCUCCAGGAUUCAGCUGUGUGUCUAUGAAGAGUAACAACUCCAUGUUUCUGCCCCCUGAACUCAGUGAUGUUGAUGCUCAGAGAGCAGCAUCUCCAGGAUUCAGCUGUGUGUCUAUGAAGAGUAACAACUCAAUGUUUCUGCCCCCUGAACUCAGUGAUGUUGAUGCUCAGAGAGCAGCAUCUCCAGGAUUCAGCCGUGUGUCUAUGAAGAGUAACAACUCCAUGUUUGAGCCCCCUGAACUCAGUGAUGUUGAUGCUCAGAGAGCAGCAUCUCCAGGAUUCAGCCGUGUGUCUAUGAAGAGUAACAACUCCAUGUUUGAGCCCCCUGAACUCAGUGAUGUUGAUGCUCAGAGAGCAACAUCUCCAGGAUUCAGCUGUGUGUCUAUGAAGAGUAACAACUCCAUGUUUGAGCCCCCUGAACUCAGUGAUGUUGAUGCUCAGAGAGCAGCAUCUCCAGGAUUCAGCCUUGUGUCUAUGAAGAGUAACAACUCAAUGUUUCUGCCCCCUGAACUCAGUGAUGUUGAUGCUCAGAGAGCAGCGUCUCCAGGAUUCAGCUGUGUGUCUAUGAAGAGUUACAACUCCAUGUUUGAGCCCCCUGCUUUCAGCAGUGGACAUGCUGUGACCUCUGAACCUAUUAUCAUCAACAGGAAAAGAAAGAGAGCAGCUUCUCCACUACAGUCCCCUGAUCUCAGUGCUGAAUCAAUGCCCUUUGAUCCUGCUGGUGGGAGAGCUGACCAGAUCAGAUAUGUGUCCUGUCCGUCCAGCACAUCCUCCUAUAGUCAGAACCACUUAAGUUAUGACAAAGAAGCAGCUCUGCAGCUCGAUUCUCAUCAACCAGUGCAUGAUAAUCUUCAGAGAGUCAAAGACCAGCACAAAACCAGCAUGAAGAACAAGUAUGAGAGCUUAUUUGAGGGAGUCAAACUACAAGAGAAUCAAACCCUCCUGAACAGGAUUUACACACAGCUGUACAUCAUAGAGGGAGAGAGUGAAGGACUGAAUGAAGAACAUGAGGUGCUACAGAUGGAGAAAAGUUACAGGACACUCCAAGACACUCCAAUCAACUGCAAUGACAUCUUUAAUAAUUUACCUGAACCUGGAUAUGAUGAGAUGAGAAGAGAGAGUAAAGACAAAAUAAAGACUGUUCUUACUAAAGGCAUUGCUGGAAUUGGAAAAACCGUCUCUGUGCAGAAGUUUAUUCUGGAUUGGGCCGAGGGAAAAGCCAAUCAGGAUGUAGAUUUCAUGUUUGUGCUUACAUUUAGAGAGCUGAACUUGAUUAAAGAUCAUCAGUACAGUCUUCACAGACUUCUGCUUGACUUUCAUCCUGAACUUCAGCAUCUGGACUCAAAGAUUUAUGAUGAAUGUAACGUUGUGUUCAUCUUUGAUGGUCUGGAUGAAAGAAGAAUUUCUUUGAUGUUUUCAGACAGUCAGAAAGUUUCUGAUGUGACUGAGAUUUCAUCAGUGGGUGUGUUGAUGUCAAACCUCCUGAAAGGAGGUCUGCUUCCUUCUGCUCUCAUCUGGAUCACCACCAGACCAGCAGCAGCCAAUCAGAUCCCCUCAAACUACAUCAACCGUGUGACAGAGAUUCAGGGAUUCAAUGACCCUCAGAAGGAGGAAUACUUCAGGAAGAGAAUCAGUGACGAGCAUCAAGCCAGCAGAAUCAUCUCACACAUCAGAAGAGCAAGAAGCCUCCACAUCAUGUGCCACAUACCUGUCUUCUGCUGGAUCUCAGCCACUGUGCUUCAAAACAUCCUGAAACAAGAUCUCAGUGCAGAAAUCCCUCAAACUCUGACUGAAAUGUACAUCUACUUCCUGCUCAUUCAAACAAAGAUGAGGAACCAGAAGUAUGAAGAGAGAGAUCCAGAGAAACUCCUGCAGUCCAGCAGAGAAGUGAUUGUUAAACUUGCUGAAGUGGCUUUCAGUCAGCUGAUGAAGGGCAAUGUGAUGUUUUAUGAGGAGGACCUGAGAGAGAGCGGCAUAGACGUCAAUGACGCCUCAGUGUAUUCUGGGAUCUGCACUGAGAUCUUUAGGGAGGAAUCUGUGAUUUAUCAGAGAAAGGUUUACAGUUUUGUACAUCUGAGCUUUCAGGAGUUUUUUGCAGCACUGUAUGUGUUUUACUGCUAUUUACACAAAAACAGUGAGAUUCUGAAAAUAUUCCUGACAGGAAAGUUUAGAAAUCAGUGUCAGAAUGUUCCUCUGAAUACGUUUAUAAAAGGAGCAAUGACUAAAGCUUUGAAGAGUAAAAAUGGACACCUGGAUCUCUUCCUUCGGUUUCUUCAUGGCAUCUCACUGGAGUCCAAUCAGAGACUCUUACAGGAUGUACUAAUACACACAGAGAACAACCCAGAGAGCAUCAAGAAAAUAACCCAAAACCUCAAACGAGGUCAAAAAAACGAUGUCAGUCCUGAAAGAUGGAUAAAUCUGUCACACUGCUUGAUUGAGAUGAAGGAUAACUCUGUUGCUAAAGAAAUGAGGGAAUUUUUAACCUCUAGAACAAGCAAAAAAAAUCUUUCUCUUGCUCAAUGCUCAACUUUGGCAAACAUGAUCUUGAUGUCAGAGGAGGUGCUGAAUGAAUUAGACUAUAAUAAUUACAAUAUCAAAUCAAAAGAGGGCAGAUGGAGACUGUUACCUGCUGUGAGGAACUGCAGAAAAGCUUUUUUGGCAGGCUGUAAUCUCACUGGUCAGCACUGUGAAAUUGUGGCUUCUGCUCUACAGUCAUCAAACUCCCCCCUGAGAGAGCUGGACCUGAGUAACAAUCAUCUGCAGGAUUCAGGAGGGAAACUGCUCGCUGCUGGACUGAAGAGUCCAAACUGUCAACUCAACAUACUGAGAUUGUCUGGCUGUUUGGUGAAAGAGGGAGGUUGUGCUACUCUGACAUCAGCUCUGAGUUCAAACCUUUCACACCUGAGAGAGCUGGACCUGAGUAACAAAUCAUCUGCAGGAUUCAGAGAGAAACUGCUCGCUGCUGGACUGAAGAGUCCAAACUGUCAACUCAACAUACUGAGAUUGUCUGGCUGUUUGGUGAAAGAGGAAGGUUGUGCUGCUCUGACAUCUGCUCUGAGCUCAAACCUUUCACACCUGAGAGAGCUGGACCUGAGUAACAAUCAUCUGCAGGAUUCAGGAGGGAAACUGCUCGCUGCUGGACUGAAGAGUCCGAACUGUCAACUCAACAUACUGAGGGUUUGUGUUUCACACUGA